AUGAAAAGUAAAGAUCUCCAAAAUAUUGUACUUUUAAAGUACCAGAAUGGUGAUACUCCAACAAAACAUUUUCGUGAUUUAAAUGGUGGAAUCGGUUUAAGAACCAUCAAACGAUGGUGCCAAAUGAUCCUUCAAUCGGGCUCUAUCACACUAUCAAGUCCACCAGGUUGUCCACGUUUGGCCAGAACGAAAGGAAAUAUUCGAAAGGAUGGCGCCAAGCCUCACGCGCAUCAUUUGACAGAACAAUGGUGUCGAGACAACUUUCCAUCAUUUAUUGUCAAGGAUCGUUGGCAUCCAAAUGGCCCUGAUUUGAAUCCUUUGGGCUACUCAAUUUGGGGUGAACUUGUCAAUAUUAUCAAUUGGAACGAAGUUCAGUCAAAAACAACAUUGAUUCAACAAAUAAAAUCAUCAUUUUAA